UCUCGAAACACUCUCGAAUCAGGGCUGGCUACGGCGCGAUACGUAAGUGCUCUGUGUUUGUUUGCUUCUCACGGAACGAAGCUCGGGAAAUAUGACCCAAGAAGUCCAAUUACCUCCCCCACCAGUAAUAUGGGCACAAAGGAGAGGCAUUUUAUUUGUUACCAUCUGUCUAGAAGACUGCAAAGAUCCUGUUCUUAACAUUGAACCACAAAUGAUAUAUUUUAAAGGAGUAGGUGGUACGGAACAUAAAAUGCACGAGGUCACAAUUGACUUGUACGGAGAGAUCCUCGUAAACAGAACAGUUAAGAAUUUAAAAGGGAGGACUAUAGAAUUAAUACUUUAUAAAAAAGAAGAAGGCCCAUAUUGGCCAAGAUUAACAAAAGACAAAACGAAAGCUCAUUGGUUAAAAAGUGAUUUUAACAAAUGGACAGAUGAGGAUGAGAGCGAUGAUGAAGACGGUAUAGAAGGAGCCGGUCAAGAUUUGGAAGAUAUGAUGAGACAGAUGGGUGGUCUAGGAGGGUCAGGAGACAGUAAACCAAACUUUGACGAUUUAGACGAUGGUGGAGAGGGAGAGGAAAUGGAUAGCGACUACGACGAUUUACCCGACUUGCUUGAAUGAAAAAAUUUCGACGCUACUUUAAAAUAAUCUUCAUUAACGAAAAAGAAAAUAAAUCAUGUAAAAACAAAUGGCAACCUAAAAAUAGUGCACCAUCAGGCAAUAUUUUAAUAGGCCAUGUUAUUUGGAUUUUAAAUUGCAAAUAAGUUUUGCAAAUUCGAUAAUGGCCCUUAUUGCAGUAGCAGGCUAACCAGUAAGGGUGCACGAGAAACUGUCAUCUUAAAAAAAAAUGACUACAGUAAUCGAGAGGAAAGCCAGUACAUAAUAUACUUCUUAAAAAGAUUCUCCAUCAUUCUUUAGCUCAUAGUCCAUUAAGUUACGAUCAACAAGCUUUUUUUAAUACCGAUUAAUUGUGUAUAAUACGAAGACGAUGAAAACAAUGAAAUGGAAUUAAAUUA